AUUAUAAUUAUGCAUAGAUGACGUCACAAUGCCUUAUAGUUUUCAAGUGAAUGCAGUAUAAAUGCUCCCAUGAAGUGGAGGAGCCGUCAAAUCCCAGCGAAGGGUCGAUCUGAGCUCACGGAAAACUGUAAGCGAAUCAACAUGAAGAUGCUACUGCUUGUUAUCAGUUGCUGCGUAGCCUUACCAUGGGCUUUGUCAGCUUCGACUUACACCGAUAAAUGGGACAACAUCAACGUAGAUGAAAUCCUUGAAUCUGAUCGCCUGAUGAAAGGCUAUGUGGAUUGCCUGCUCGACAAAGGUCGCUGCACGCCUGACGGCAAGGCAUUGAAGGAAACUCUUCCCGACGCCUUAGAACAUGACUGCAGCAAGUGUACCGAAAAACAGAAGGUCGGUUCGGAAAAGGUGAUCAGGAAUUUGGUGAACAAACGCCCCGCUUUGUGGAAGGAGUUGUCUGCCAAAUACGACCCUAACAACCUUUACCAAGAGAAAUACAAGGACAAGAUUGAUUCCAUCAAGGGUCAGUAAUUCGUCAAUAUUGUAAAGGGUGGGAGAUUUAAAUUCUGAACAAAGUGUGAGCUGUUAAUGACAAAGCUUUAAUUUGUGAAAUAAAAUUUUCAUUUGUGUAA